GCUUUACUGUCACGGGGGACCGCAAUAAGGACGUAGUGAAUGUAAAUUAUGUUUGUGUCGUAAACGGUGAAAGCAAGAUGGCGGCGCCCUUGAGCACCACAGGAUGCUGGAGGUUCCUAGCUGCAGUGAGCAGGUCAAGUCCGCCCGGAAGCAGAGCUCUUCACGUCACUGCAGUUUGCUGUAAGAACCGAGCCGCUCGCAUCCGAGUGGGGAAAGGCGACCGUCCUCUGACCUAUGAAGAGGCCCUGAAACCUCACCACAUCGGCCACCACAAAGGAUGGCUGUCACAGCACACCAGUAACCUAAAAGGCGAGCAGGGCGCGGCGGAACGCGCCAUUGAGGACACCUUCAUCCGCCGUUUUAUGUUCGGCACUUUUCACGGCUGCCUCGCCAACGAGCUGGUGAUCAAGCGGAGCGGCAACGUGCUGACAGUGUGCGCCCUCAUGCUGCAAAAGAUGCCGCCGCACAAGUUCUACUUCCUGAUUGGAUACACAGAGUCGCUGCUGUCUCACUUCUACAAAUGUCCCGUCAAGCUUGACGUGCAGACGCUGCAGGAGAAGCAAGUGUAUAAAUAUCUGUGACGGCCAAUUCGUCUUCAACUUCCCAGUUUCCUGUCACGGCAGCCCAGUUCCUUUUCUCCGUUUUUUUAAAAAAGGUCGACAAGGGACACUCACGAGGUUGUUUCCGUUGGCCUACUUGAAAAAUAAAGGGAGAAAAAAAA